GCGCCCGCGGCUUCUCGCAGGGUGGCGGCUCCUACCUCCUCGACUGCGGCACGCCCCUGUUCGCGGAGCCGCCGCCCCGCAGCCCCGGCGCAGGCGCGCGGCGAGACAGCUACUGGAUGAUCCAGGAGACCACGCGCACGUACAACCGGGCCGUGCUCGAGCUCAAGCGGGCCGCCUGCCCGCGGGAGCGGCUGGACGCCCGGGCGCUCGUGCGGGUGGACGAG